UUAGUUACUAGACUAAGGCAACCUCCUUCCUUUGGUCAGGCACCAGUAGCAGCAUUUGGUCAUGGUAUUUAGUUGUGCCUAAAAAUAUGAUGUAUCUUUUAUAUAUUUGAAUAUCCACCCCAAUGACUGACACCUCUAAAAUAUUCACUUGCAAAUGUUAAUAGUUUAUAGUCUAGCAAAAUUGAGAUUAUAUUCAUAGCUGUCCCUUCUUUCAUUGUAGAUGUAUGGGAAAUACCCAGAUCAGAAAUAGUGCUUGGAAAGGUGUUAGAUUCAGGCGCGUUUGGGGUGAGUGUAAAUCAUCUUUUUUGACUACUGUAUUGCAAAAUGGAUGAUGAACAGGUAAGGCAGCCAGCUCCCAGCUGGAGGCCCCUGAUCCCUUCCUUGAUUGGCAAGUACUGCAAACCUAAAAUUACAGUGAAACCUGUAUUAAGCGGACACCCUCAGGGAAUGCUGUAAUGUCUGCUUAAUAAAGGGUGUCUGCCUAAUACAGGUUUUGAUAAAUAACGUCAUAUGAGGUGUCAAAUGCCAUUCAAAUGAACAGUGGAAACGUUUAGAAUACUCCCAGAGACUAUAACGAUAUACGUUUGCAUUAAUUUCUUUAUUAAAGAGGACCAAUUGAUCAUAGUACCAUAAACAUAGAUUGCAACUCAAAUUUGAAGAACUCAGAUGAGUGAAACAAGCUCUAUACAAACUAAACGAAAUAUAAUUCAAUAGUGUACUGUGAAACUAAUCAAAUAAGAUCGUCAAGUCACGUUUUUUAAUGUAACAAUCGAAAAAUUUGUGGGUGGCAGUCUUUUGCAUUUCUGGUUUCUGGCAUGUUGGGUGGUGGAAUUUAAUUAUAAGUGUCCGUUUAAUACAGGUUGGCAACAAUAGAAAUGACCAUUUCAGGUACUUUUUAGGUGUCUGUGUCCGCUUAAUAGAGGUGUCCGCUCAUAAAGGUUUCAUUUAACGUAAAUAAGGGAAAUAAAUUUGGGGACCUCUGCUACUGUCUGCUUAAUAGAGGGUGUCCGCUUAAUAUGGUGUCCGCUUAGACAGGUUUCACUGUAUAAGCCUCCAAACUGAAACAGCUGACAGUUCAGGCACCUGUCAUACUGAUAAAACAGCAGUGAAUUAGCUACUGGUAAUCUGCAAUUUCUGGAUAUUUCCUUGCAAUAAUAAUUUCCUGGUAGUGUAACUUUGCAAGGGCAGUGAAUAUCAAGUAGCUGAAUGAUGAUGCUGAGAUAUUCAUUUUUCAUACAACAGACUGUGAGACAAGGCUGGUGGCAAGGUACUCCUGUGGCUGUUAAAAUGAGGAAGGAAGUCCCCAUGUCUAAAGAUGUCAUGUCUGAAGAUGACUUCAUAAAUGAAGCAAAAGUCAUGACGUAAGUGCAGUUAUUUACCUCCUUAAUACAGACACUUCAAGUGAAAAAACCUAGUGUUUGCUUAACAGAAGUGUAACAGUUCAUUAAUUUCAAUGGAAGGCAAAUGGGUAGCCUGUGUAGAACUUUUCCACACCCCAAACCCCCUCCAGGAUUUCUGAAAAACUGAAACCUGCAAAGACACGACCUAAGGGUUGAAAACAUAAAUUUAAAUACUGUGUCGUUUGUUUUGUUUUUUGAGGCAGUGGCGCAAAAGUUUUUUGAAUUGAUCACAAAUUAGAGAUAUUUUAAAGCAAACCAGAUGCUUAAUUAAUAAGAAUGUACUUAGUUGCCUCUUUCUUUUCUAACAAGCCAAUGAAUGUUUUGCACUUCAGAAAACUCCACCACCCUCAUGUGGUUCAGCUGUUUGGUGUUUGCAGCGAGAAGCCCAUUUAUAUCAUCACAGAAUUUAUGACACAAGGUGGGAUAUUAUUUUUAUUAACGCUGCUUGAAUUAACCACAAUCAGUGUUUUUCUGUGGUCUUGUAACCUCUCUCCUUCUUAUAAUUUCACUUUUCCUGAUCAGUAAUGACCCUACAAGAUAUUAUGUUAAAAGAAGCAUUCAAACCUUGAGAGACAAACGCUAUACACUUAUUCUCUUUAGUAUAUUGCCAGCCAACCUGCUUUUAGAGAUUUUGUUUUAGGAGAAAAAGAAAGAAAACUUCUUUGAAUUUAGCAGUUAGCUCGCGCUAGAGAUCAACUCAUGAUUUAUUUUGUUGAUAAUUUAGGAUGCCUUUUAGCCUAUUUACGGAAGCAUCAAAAUCACCUGCAACCUCCACAAAUGACAGAAAUGGUUCGGCAGGUAGCCUAUGCUAUGACUUAUCUGGAAAGUAGGAACUUUAUCCACAGAGAUCUGGUAAGUUAAAAUGCAAACAUUUUGGAAUCGGUGUUAUGCAACUGUUGUUAGGGAGCUUAGGAAAGUACGCCACCACAACUCAACGGGACGGCAGAAACACAAAACAAAACAACCAAAAAAAACCAUGAUAGGUUUCAGCGAGUAAAACAAGACUUCUACAUGUGCGUCAUUGNACUUUAUCCACAGAGAUCUGGUAAGUUAAAAUGCAAACAUUUUGGAAUCGGUGUUAUGCAGCUGUUGUUAGGGAGCUUAGGAAAGUACGCCACCACAACUCAACGGGACGGCAGAAACACAAAACAAAACAACCAAAAAAAACCAUGAUAGGUUUCAGCGAGUAAAACAAGACUUCUACAUGUGCGUCAUUGUUUCAACGAAUUCCGACCUUCUUAAAUUUCAAACUGAGUGCCCUUACUUAGUAAUGCUGCUAACUGAUGUCAUCAUUUUUGUCAUCUUUAAUCAGGCAGCAAGAAACUGUCUCAUAGGAGAUAAUAAUAUAGUAAAAGUAGCGAAUUUUCAUUCAGCGAGGUGGGUUAUUUUUUUCUUAUUAGAAAUAGUGAACUACUUGAUGUUUUUAGUUGUGUUCACACGUGUUUCAUAAAACUAAGUGAAUGUUUUAUUUGGACCCGUCAGAGGAACACCAGGGGCAACUGAACAAUCCAAGGAGUCAAGCGCGAGAAACCGCUUCUGUUCAAUUCGAGUCGUGUUCUGAUUGGUUGAUGGAGUGUGGCGUUAGAUUUUUAUUAACAAAUUUCAAAGCUUGGCGAUGCAGAUAAAUCAAAGUGAUCGUGAAGUUACUUUCGACUCUCCACUGUUUUCUCCGCUAAAAAACCAAGCUUUAUGUUAAGUCUCCAGAGUGGUUUAUACUACGACUAAUAUUAUUAUUCUCUUUUAACAUGUUAUUGUUGAUUCCCGACAGAUAUGUCAUUGACGAUGAAUACACGGCACCAGAGGGCACAAAAUUCCCUAUAAAAUGGGCGCCCCCUGAGGUCAUUCUCUAUACUAAGUUCAGUAGUAAAUCGGACAUCUGGGCUUUUGGU